UAUCCUAAUUCACCCUAUAAUUGAUUUAUUUUACUCUCAUCCAACAGCCAAUUACGAUUGUGUGUGGGGUGGAAUCUUUUAACUGUCUCAGCAUAGAGUUGGUUCAGACCUUUAAUUAUGCCGAUCUAGUGAUAUAGUUUAGAGUCUCAAAAUCCAUAACAACCCUUGUCCAGUAUAUAAGCCAGUUUAUAUACAAAACAAUUCAUCAACCGUUAUCGCUUGAUGCUACAUUGACUAGUUUUUCGAAUUCAUUUGUAACAUUCUAGUGAUACAACGAAAAUAUAACGAUGGUGGAAGAUUCGGAACAAACUGGAGACAAGUCAUUAUUGGAUAUGAAGAUGAAGGAAUUUGAGAACGCUAAAACUUUACUGAUAUCCUCCAAAAGGCCAAAGGCUUUCCUAAUAAGAACAGCCUGCGAGUUGUUGGCCGGCGGCACAGAAGUGUUAAUACUUAGUGCAUUAGGGGAUGCUAUGGGUUUGUGUCUCCAACUCCAGAUGUUGCUUGUGUCAAAGAAUGCGGCUACAACCUUCAGAAUCGAGACACUGUUGAACAAGUGUACAAGUGAGAAAAGCAAGAACCCCUUCUACAUCCCAGGAUUACUCGUUUUUAUGAGGAAACACCCUGAAUUCAAGGGUUCGAGGAUAUCACCAGGAUAUAUAGUCUUCUCGCCGAGAACGUCAACAUUCACACCUUUAUAUGACCCUGAACCAGCUGAAUUUGUAUUAUCGGUAAACGCAGGAAAUCCUGAGUUGACAGUUGGUGGCUCGGGAGUUAACGGUGCAUUUGCCACGCUCUUGGGUGAGCUCGGACAUGAUCUAGGGUCCUACACAUCACUGUUCAAAAGACUUGCUGAAGAAGCCAGAAAAAAUAAUAAGUCUGACGAAAGUCAACACGUAGCAUAUGAGCACGAACCCAACUCACAGGUCUUGUUUGCUAUGUGCCGUUUGCCAAAUGACCCAUCUUAUUUUAAGCUUCCUAACGAGGGACUAGUAUUUGUAACCCUGUUUAACAACAAAUACCCAUUUACUAAUGAUCACAAUUUGGGUUUUGUAUAUGUUGUUGGCCCCAACGGGGCCAACUAUGAUGUUGACGGCUUCUUGGAGUCCGUCCAUAAGUUGGGGGACAAUUUGGUUACUGCACUUUGCGAUUAUAAUGGAAUGGCUAAACGAGAAACUGCAAAAAAAUUACCUAGAGUAACACUGUGUCGUUUGUGCCUAGUUAGCGGCGGUGUAUACAAACAUAAAGAUGUUACAAAACUAGAUGUUGCCAAAUCAUUAUUAAAUGGCAUAGCAGAGGGAUAUAGGCAUGGUCCUACACCAAGAUUCAACUUCGCAUAUGACGAGGAUGUAUUUCGUAUAGCGUGGUGUGAGACAACGGGGUUAAAGGCGACUUUGCCGGAAUAAAGGAUGAUAUAGAUUUAAAAAAUGUGUUAAAUAGAUAAUGUAUUUUAUUUAUUUA